UUGUUAGAGCGGCCACUUGAGUAUCUGGUCAAUAUGGAUCAUCUUUGGUUCCUUCCUCAUGUGUGGAUAAUUGCGGUCUGCGCUGCAGCUCGUUUGGAUGUUUUCUGUCGCGGCUGUGCACAUAAUGAUAUUUAGCGAAAUUAUUUCAGUCGUAACGGAGCAUGAUUUGUCAACGCAAUGUUGCAAAUGGUGGGGUGUCGUUACAAAAGUUCAUAACAAAGCUGCAAAACAUCAACUAGCAGGGUGCCAGUAGCUAGCAAUGCUAACUAGCUAGCUGGUAACAUUACCGUUAGCAUUUUUCACAAGCGUGUUUUAUCUAAUGUUACAUUCGAGUUAAAUAUAGUGAUAUGGCACAUAGGAAAGAAGUAUUCCAGUCUAAAGUUCUUCAGAGGCUGUACCCCUUACCUCCCAAGCUUGAGAAAGAACCCAGCUCUUCACCCCCCGAGUUUGUUCUCGACAAGUCCUCUGUGAAACAGAAAGUAGGCCUAGAGGAGUGCACUAUCACUGGAGAUGGAGGGAUAAUACCAUCCUCGACCCAGCCAGGCAGACGAAUGUACACAGUCGUAGCUCCCCCUGCAGAAUACAAGACGGGUGCAGAGGGAUCUGUCACGCUCUCUCAGCCAGCAUACAUAAAUACUGUGCAAGACCCAGCUGAUGAGAACACUCAUGAGUCUGAAGGAGAGGGAGAAAGACAACGACUGAGAAGAAGAAGAAAGAGGAAGGGUAAAACAGCUCCAGGAGGAGGGACAGUCACGGGACAGGCUACAGAAUCCAACCCUGGGGAUCCAACCAUGGCUCCGACCCCCACGGAGGAGAAAGGAGAGCGGCUCAGCAAGAACAAGAGGAGGAAGCUAAAGAAGAAACGCCACAAAGAAAAGCUCCUGUCUCUGGGUCUGAUGCCCCGCGCUGCAGCUCUGGAGUUCACCUACCAGAGAGAGGGGAAUGGGGAGGAGGAGGAUGAAGAGAUGAGGCAGAGAAGAGCAGCUGAAGUGAUGGACUUCCUAAGGACCACACAGGAGAUCUACGUGUCUGAUCGCUCAUUGCCUGCAGGCAGGCUCCAUGUGUCCUCAGGGGUAGUGGAGGGCCUUCUGACCAGCCUGUCCAAUGGAACAUUCCCCCCUCCUGUUUUGGCCCAACUCCACAGCCUCAAGUCCCUGGUGCAGCAACAGGACACGGAGAGGCUUGCCAAGGCUCUGCAAGAGCUCCAGAACAGCUCUACCAUGUCUCCUAGUGAGGCCACUGCAGUUGUGUCCUUAUUUCAGUACUGGAUCACAGACAUCCUGCCCCUGCAGAGACUGGAAGACAGGCCAACCAACAACACAACCUUCCUAGUUGAAACAACCAACAACACAGCUUAGACUUUCCUAGAUGUUCAAGGUUUUAAACAAUACUACUGAUGGAAAAUGUAUCUGAAUCAUACAUUGUGUGCUCACAACCACUGUUUGAAAAGACCACUGCAUACAAAUGUUCUUGAAGGUGCUACCUGUCAUGAUGUUGCCCUCUUUGGGUACAGCAAGCCCAUCCCCCUCUCCCUGCCUCCUUCAACUAGGCUGCUGUGGUCAGAGAGAGGUCGUGAAUUCCUGAGAAGACCCUGCCUCAUGGC